ACGAGCUACAGGUGUGUUCCUCCGCGGCGCUGCUCCGGACCUGACCAACAUGGCGCAGGGAUGAGCGCGAUAAGAAGGACACUUCUUCCUCUUCCAGGGCCUGUGGACGGUGAUAAUGAAGGUACCAGAGACGGAGCUAAUGAGCGACAUUUUGAAGCGGCUGACAGGUGAGUCGGCUCUGCCCAGGUACUGCAGCAUCGAGAAGUACAAACGCGGGGGAGGCGGCUUCUACUUCAUUGCGGAGAACUUCAACGAAACGGUGAAAAAACGAGAAAUGGUCAACGCCAAGGAGCGACAGAGAAUCAGGAACUUGAACACCAUGUUCUCACGCUUGAAGCGCAUGGUGCCUUUCAUGCGUCCUGAUCGAAAGCCCAGCAAAGUGGACACACUUAAAGCAGCAACAGAAUACAUUCGACUGCUGCUUGCUGUUUUGAGAGACACUGAAAAUGAUGAUGGCAUGGGGACUGACUUCCUAAAGAAUGCAAUCACUUACAGUCAGACCGAAGGCCUUGGCACUGACCUCUGGAGAAUGGAUGAUUUUCUUAACAUAUCAGAGGAGCAACUGGAAGAUGGGUUUGCCCUCCCCCCGGAUCUGAUGACGGAGGACAGCGAUAUGACCAGACUGGUGCUGCAGCACUGUGUGAUGCCUGGAUAUCAGUUCAUCAUUCAAGUCGCACCUGAUCAGGCUUCGCAGAUGUCUCAGCCCUGCUGAGUGUUUGGAGCAGAGGCCUUGCACCAAGACUGGAAUCCUGUCAGGGGUCAUCACCUUCAGAAGAAAAGGACUC